AUGGAGAGAACAACAGAAUGGCAGGUCAACGGUUCCGAAGGGCCCGCUGUUUCCGAUGCUAUGGCUCCUGCGGGCCCCCUCGGGACCUUCCAGGCCCUUGCCAAGCGCUUCGCCCCCCGCCACCCCCUUGGGGUCCUGCGGGCCCCCGCCAGGCCCUUCGGUCCAGCGGCUUUGAGAGCUGCCUUCGUAAGCGCACAGAUGCGCGGGGGCUCCACGCCCAGCGCCCGAAAGCAAGCGGCCAAUACCAGCACGGUGGCGUCGGAGGAUUUCCAAGGAUUCUUCAGGACCCCAUUCGUUUCCUCAGUGUCCUGUGGCUCCGCGCGGAUUCCAGCUUUCCAACUAGUCCAGAGGAACCCAAGAUAUUGA